AUGGCGGCGUCUUGGUUUGCUCUCCGCAGCAGCCGUCAGCUCGUGCUGCGGUCGCGUGUCCGAGCUGGUCCCUCUCCAGUUUCACUGCGAUCGGCUUCAAUUUCUCCAUUGAACAUUCGCCGUGGCCUUCACACCCAGCAGAAGCAGCCCGUUCGCGGUGUCUAUACUAGCUCCGUGGCCGCCCACGGUGACCCACACCCACAAGAUGUCUUCCAACCCCUCGAUACCUUCCCCCGUCGCCACAUUGGUCCCUCACCGGACGCCGCAGCCGAGAUGCUGGCUGUCCUGGACCCCCCGGCCCAGAGCUUGGAUCAAUUCGUCAAGCAGGUGCUCCCCGAGGACAUCCUGUCGAAGAAGGACCUGAAGAUCAGUGAGCCGCACGCCGAUAUCAAGCUACACCGCUCCAGUGUGCAGGGUGGUCUGGGUGAGACCGAUAUGUUGAAGCUGUUGGAUACCUACCGCAAGCAGAUUGAUGUCUCUGGCAAGACCUACAUUGGUACUGGAUACUACCCGACCAUCGUUCCCCCCGUUAUUCAACGCAAUGUCCUCGAGAACCCCGCCUGGUACACCAGCUACACUCCCUACCAGCCCGAGAUUAGCCAGGGUCGUCUGGAGUCUCUUCUCAACUUCCAGACUCUCACCACCGAGCUCACUGGCCUUCCCUUCGCCAAUGCUUCCGUUCUGGAUGAGGCCACCGCCGCCGCCGAGGCCAUGACUAUGUCUUUCGCUACCAUGCCCGCCUCCAAGCAGAAGAAGGCCAACAAGUCCUAUGUCGUGUCCCACCUUUGCCACCCCCAGACCAUUGCCGUGAUGGAGUCUCGUGCGGAAGGAUUCGGAAUCAACCUGGUUAUUGGAGAUAUUCUCGCUGAUGACUUCAAGCUCAUCAAGGACCAGGGUGACCACCUCAUUGGUGUCCUUGCCCAGUACCCCGAUACCGAGGGUGGUGUCAAUGACUUCCAGGCUCUUAGCGAUUCCAUCCACGGACAGGGUGGUACUUUCAGUGUUGCUACCGAUCUCCUGGCUUUGACCGUUCUCAAGGCCCCCGGUGAGUUCGGUGCUGAUAUUGCCUUUGGUAGCGCCCAGCGAUUGGGUGUCCCCAUGGGCUUCGGUGGUCCAAGCGCCGCCUUCUUCGCCUGUGCCGACAAGUACAAGCGUAAGGUGCCCGGUCGUGUCGUCGGUGUGUCCAAGGACCGCCUUGGCAACCGUGCUCUGCGUCUGGCCCUGCAGACUCGUGAGCAGCACAUUCGUCGCGAGAAGGCUACUAGCAACAUUUGCACUGCUCAGGCUUUGCUUGCUAACAUGACUGCCAUGUACGUCAUCUACCACGGACCUGUUGGUCUCAAGUCCAUUGCCCAGCGCAUCAUGUCCAUGACCUCUCUGCUGCGCCAGAAGCUGGUCUCUCUUGGAUACAGUGUCCCGGUUCGCUCCAACGUCGAGGGUGAGGCCAUCUUCGAUACCUUGGCCAUUGAGCUUGAGAGCGCUGCUGAGGCCGAUGCCGUUGUUGCCGCUGCCCGCGACGCCUCCCUUUUCUUGCGCCGCCUUGGUGGUAACAAGGUCGGUCUCUCUCUUGACGAGACUGUCGGUCGUGAGGAGAUCAAGGAUAUCCUCAAGGUCUUUGCUGAUCUGAAGUCUGCCGCUCCUGCUGAGAUUGAUGGUCCCCUUUCUAUCGCCCCUGUUCCCGCUGCUCUGGAACGUACCUCGGAAUACCUGACCCACCCGGUCUUCAACACCCACCACUCCGAGACUGAGAUGCUGCGUUACAUCCACCACCUCGAGUCCAAGGAUCUUUCUCUGGCUCACUCCAUGAUUCCCCUGGGAUCGUGCACCAUGAAGCUCAACGCUACCACCGAAAUGAUUCCUAUUUCCUGGCCCGAGUUCUCCAACAUCCACCCCUUCAUGCCUGCUGACAAGGCCAAGGGCUACAUCCAGAUGAUCGAUGAUCUGGAGGCUCAGCUCGCCGAUAUCACCGGUAUGGCUGAGGUCACUGUGCAGCCCAACUCUGGUGCACAGGGUGAAUUUGCUGGUCUGCGUGUGAUCAAGAAGUACCAGGAGGCGCAGGGUGAUUCCAAGCGCAACAUUUGCCUGAUCCCAGUUUCUGCUCACGGUACUAACCCUGCCAGUGCGGCUAUGGCUGGUAUGCGGGUUGUCACCAUCAAGUGUGACACUAAGACCGGUAACCUGGAUCUGGAUGAUCUCAAAGCCAAGUGUGAGAAGCACAAGGAUGAGCUCGCUGCCUUCAUGAUCACCUACCCUAGCACCUUCGGUGUGUUCGAGCCUGGUGCCAAGGAGGCCUGUCGCCUGGUCCACGAGAACGGUGGUCAGGUCUACAUGGACGGAGCCAACAUGAACGCCCAGAUCGGUCUCUGCUCUCCCGGUGAGAUCGGUGCUGAUGUCUGCCAUCUGAACCUCCACAAGACCUUCUGUAUCCCCCACGGUGGUGGUGGUCCCGGUGUCGGACCCAUCGGUGUCGCUGCUCACCUUGCACCCUACCUUCCCUCGCACCCUGCCAGCGAGCACCUCCAGGCUAAGCGCGGUAAGAACGGCUCUGCCCCCAUCAGUGCCGCCCCCUGGGGUAGCGCCAGCAUUCUCCCCAUCACAUUCAACUACAUCAACAUGAUGGGCGACCGCGGCCUCACCCACGCCACCAAGAUCACCAUCCUCAACGCCAACUACAUCAUGUCCCAGCUGAAGCCCCACUACCCCAUCCUGUACACCAACGAGCACGGCCGCUGCGCCCACGAGUUCAUCCUCGAUGUGCGCGGCUUCAAGGAGACCUGCGGUAUCGAAGCCAUCGAUAUCGCCAAGCGUCUCCAGGACUACGGCUUCCACGCCCCCACCAUGUCCUGGCCCGUCGCCAACACUCUGAUGAUCGAGCCCACCGAGUCCGAGAACAAGGCCGAACUUGACCGCUUCAUCGACGCCCUGAUCUCCAUCCGUGCCGAGAUCGCCGAGAUUGAAAGCGGCAAGCAGCCUCGCGAGGGCAACGUCCUGAAGAACUCGCCCCACACCCAGCGGGAUCUGCUCACAUCCGAGUGGAACCGUCCCUACACCCGUGAGCAGGCCGCCUACCCUCAACCCUGGCUGUUGGAGAAGAAGUUCUGGCCCACUGUGACUCGUGUUGAUGAUGCUUUUGGUGACCAGAAUCUGUUCUGCACUUGCGGCCCCGUCGACGAGACCGAAUAG